AUGGGUCACCGGCAGCCCCCAGGACCCACCGCGUUGCUCAAGGCUCACAAGUGUUUUCUCACCUCUGGCAGGACGGUCAGGAGGAAAUCGAGCAGCAUGAAGCGCCUCUCUCCCGGCCCCAGCACCCAGACCAGCUACUACAGCGAGUCGAUGAUGAGCGAGUCCUACCUGGGGGGCAGCAGGGGACUCCCAGCGCUGGGCAGCUUGACCUUCGAAGACAGCCUGGGGGACAGCAGGGCGCUCCCAGCGCUGGGCAGCUUGACCUUCGACGACGGCCUGGAUGGCAGCAGCUUCUGGGGUGGGGAGCUCUCAACGAGGAGAAGAAGAGGCACGGGGGAUACCGAGUCCAGUAAAACCAACGGGCUGGUGGAGAGCAAGACAUACGACACGUAUGCCUCCUCGUCUGGCUACUCCUCGGAAGACGACUAUGCCAGUCACUUUAGUUCGGGCCAGAGCAGCUCUGGGUCAGGGCUCAGGGGUGCAGCCUCCCAGGUCGGCUCCUUCCUCUGGCACGUGAUCACCUCUCCGGUCCGGUUCCUGGGGUGGCUGCUCUCGUGGGUCAGAGCCGCCUGGCGCCGUCUCACCGGCACAGCUGCCCCGAUGGACGGCGUCGCCUCGAGGAGAGGCUAUUCGGCUCUGAAGAAGUUCCUCCUGCUGCUGCUGCUGCUGCUGCUCCUCGCUGUGGUUGCCUAUGGGGCUUGGUAUUUCUACCCAUAUGGACUGUCCACACUCAGCUUCUCUGCGUUUUCCUGGGGAUCGGCAAAAGUCUCAUCCUCUGGGGGAGCAGAUAUGCAGGGAGCUCGGGACCUGACUGCCCUGGAUCAGGGGCUGAGCAGGGAGCAGCAGCUCCUGGCGCGCUUCCAGGCCCUGGAGACGGACCCGCCGGGCGAGCUGGACGCCCUCCGAGCCCAGGUGCGGAUGGAUUUGGACGGGCGCCUGGGGAAGGUCACGCAAGCCUCACAGGAGAUGGAAGCCCGCUUGCUCAAGCUGAAUUCGGAGUGGCAGAGCUCCGCACAGGACAGCCUGAGGGGGAGCUUCCAGAAGGAGAUGGACAAACUGGAGCGGGAGCUGGCGGGCCUGAAGAGGGAGCUGGCACUCCUGAAGUCGGACCAGGAGGUGGUGGGGAAGCACAUGGAGGUCAUGCUGGAGCAGAUCAAGGGAGUGCGAACAGACGUGGAAGCGCAGGUCCCCGCCUGGAUCAGCCGGUUCUUGUCGCAGCCCCGGCAGGAAGGAGCUGCCAGCCUCUUCCUGCAGCGGGAAGACUUGCAAGCCGAGCUCCAGGCGCUGGAGCGCAAGAUCCUCGCCAAAGUCUUGGAGGACCGGAGGCUGUCGGCACGGGAUGCCCAGGCUGGCAUCGGAGUGGCCCUGCGGCAGGGGGGAAUGGCGGGGGUCACAGAGGAGCAAGUGCAUCUCAUCGUGAGCCAGGCCCUGCAGCGCUACAGCGAGGACCGCGUGGGGAUGGUGGACUACGCGCUGGAGUCGGCAGGGGCCAGCGUCAUUAACACCCGCUGCUCCGAAACCUACGAGACCAAGACGGCGCUGCUGAGCUUGUUUGGGAUCCCGCUGUGGUACCACUCGCAGUCCCCACGCGUCAUCCUGCAGCCAGACGUCAACCCUGGGAACUGCUGGGCGUUUCGCGGAUCCCAGGGGUUCGCUGUCAUCCGCCUCUCCAGCCCCAUCCGUCCCACGGCUGUGACGCUGGAACACAUCCCGAGAAACCUCUCGCCCCAGGGGACCAUCCCCAGUGCUCCCAAGGACUUCACUGUCUAUGGUUUGAAAGAGGAAAGAGAAGAGGAGGGCACUCUCCUUGGGCAGUUCAUGUACAACCACGAUGGCGAUCCCAUCCAGACGUUUUACUUGAAGGGUGAAGACUUGGGCACGUUCCAGCUGGUGGAGCUCCGGAUAUUGAGCAACUGGGGGCACCCUGAGUACACCUGCAUCUACCGCUUCCGUGUGCACGGGGAGCCAGUGCACUGA